ACGUCUGUCGUCGUGACGUCCCUGUUUCCGGUCUCUUUCUGUGCCUCUUUUUCCCCACCGGUGACUCUCGGGUUCUCUAGUCACCCCACCGGCCUUCCUAAAACGCAUAAUGUCUAACGUCGUCGAUACCAAACUAUAUGACUUACUCGGUGUGCCUCCCGGUGCCAGCGAGAACGAACUUAAAAAGGCAUACCGAAAGUUGGCCAAGGAAUACCAUCCAGACAAGAAUCCAAACGCUGGCGAUAAGUUCAAAGAAAUAAGCUUUGCAUAUGAAGUUCUGUCCAAUCCAGAGAAACGAGAGUUGUAUGAUAGAUAUGGGGAACAGGGCCUGCGGGAAGGCAGUGGUGGAGGUGGAAUGGAUGACAUCUUUUCACAUAUAUUUGGCGGUGGCCUUUUUGGUUUUAUGGGUGGACAAAGUAGAAGCCGUAAUGGAAGACGAAGAGGAGAAGACAUGAUGCAUCCUUUGAAAGUAUCUUUAGAAGAUUUAUAUAAUGGAAAGACAACCAAGCUCCAACUUAGCAAGAAUGUUCUGUGUAGCUCUUGUAAUGGCCAAGGUGGUAAAACUGGUGCAGUGCAAAAAUGCACAGCUUGCAGAGGACGAGGUGUGCGUAUCAUGAUCAGACAGCUUGCUCCUGGGAUGGUUCAACAGAUGCAGUCUGUGUGCUCAGACUGUAAUGGUGAAGGAGAGGUAAUUAAUGAAAAAGAUCGCUGCAAGAAAUGUGAAGGCAAAAAAGUAAUUAAAGAAGUUAAGAUCCUUGAGGUUCAUGUGGAUAAAGGCAUGAAACACGGUCAGAGAAUCACAUUUGCUGGAGAAGCGGAUCAAGCACCAGGAGUGGAACCUGGAGAUAUUGUCCUUGUGCUUCAAGAAAAAGAAAAUGAGAUAUUUACGAGGGAUGGAAAUGACUUACACAUGACCCACAAGAUUGGGCUCGUUGAAGCACUUUGUGGAUUUCAGUUCAAUUUUAAGCACCUUGAUAGUCGUCAGAUUGUUGUCAAAUAUGCUCCAGGAAAAGUUAUUGAACCAGGGUCAGUUCGUGUUGUGCGAGGGGAAGGCAUGCCACAGUAUCGAAAUCCCUUUGAAAAGGGGGAUCUCUUCAUCAAAUUUGAUGUUCAGUUUCCAGAGAACAAUUGGAUUAACCCAGAAAAAUUGACAGAGCUUGAAGAUCUUCUGCCAGCCAGACCAGAAGCCCCUACCGUCACUGGUGAAACAGAGGAGGUGGACCUCCAGGAAUUUGACAACACUCGUGGUUCAGCAGGAGGACAGAGGCGUGAAGCUUACAAUGAUAGCUCUGAUGAGGAGAGCAGUCACCAUGGCCCAGGCGUGCAGUGUGCGCACCAGUAAAGAUUUGUUUAUAAAGCAAACAAAAGUGGCUCAAAAGGAUUUUUUUUUUUUCCUCUCUAUUUCCGCCUGGGUUUUGUUUUUUUGCAAUCCGAUUGAAUUGCCCAAACAAUCUAUAUGAUCUGAUGGACACAUCUCUGUUGCUGUAUGUGUAACUUUUUAAAUUGGUUAUAGUAUUUACAGAGUGAAUAAUUUAAACUAACCACAUGGCUUACAUGCAGUUUUGACUGUUCUAUAGCAAAAAUAAAACACUCAAUGGAAGAAGACACAAGACUUUAAUUUCCAAUCUUUGUAUCAAUGCCUGAUUUUUACCAGUUUGUGUAGAUUUUAAGUUUCAUAUUUUAAACUCAUACAUUGUAAAAGAAAUCUGUGUAAAAUUUGUCCAUGAGCUUUGUAUUUGGCUGCACUUGCAUAAGCUGCUACCAAUAGAAUAAACAAUUCCAUAGCCUGUGUAUCUCUUA